AUGAUUACUCCUUCAUCUUCACAAGUAAUUUAUGAACUUUUAAAAGAUUCUGAUGACUUACAAGACGAUGAUGAUUUACAAGACGAUGAUGAAAUUGCAAGCCUUGAACCAUCAAGACAGUUUUCGCCAACUUUAGGGCUGAGAGUUGUGCUUUCAAGAAGAUCAUCGCCAGCUCAAGGUUCAAGAACUAAUGCAAACUCCUCCAAUAAUACGCUUGGCCAUUUUAAUCCUAACAACACAGUUAUUCUAUCACUAUUUAAUAACAUGUCAAUUUAUCAAAUUUGCUUGUGGUUAUGUUCAAAUUCAACCAUUCUACAGCUUGCAAAUAGCAUGAAUUUGUUGAUGCAAACUCAAGCUGCAAAUAGUACACAAUUUAUAACCUCUAGCUCUCCAGCAUUAUCAAUGACAAUCCAAAGUCCAUAUAAUAAGCAGAUUAUCAAAUGUGAUCUCAAUUCAGCUGAAGGUAUCGAAUGGCUUCAAAUGGCUACAAAACACUUCAGUGAUUUCCAUAAUAAAUUAAUCAAUAACAUUAAGAUUUCUAUAACAAGUUCUUUACAAAAAGAAGAAAUUGUCACAUUCAUAGACGAAUCUACAACUAUUCAGGUAUUAAAUCGGUGGUUGAAUACAAUGGAUAUGGACGAAUUACAUAUUCAAAAUUCAAUACCUUAUUUAUGCAGGUUUAUUCAAAGCGCAUUUACUAUUAAUUAUAUAUCAAGAAACCUUGAAGGGACAAAGGCAUUGGAUAGAUUAACAAAAAAUAUUGCUGUUCCAUCACGAAAUAGCAAAAACUAUGCCAGCAAUCUGCAAUUGUAA